AUGGGACAUUUCUGUCUCAAGCUCAUCCAAUCACUGAACGUGACGCCCGUCGUCGUUCGGCGCGUACUUCAAACUCAUCCCACGCCUGUAGCCGCCGACUUCGAUAUCACACUCGACCCUGGCGCCUCUGGAGCAGAGACCCUCCUUUCAAACACCUUCCCACCCUCUUCUGAGGAGUCGGUGUGGAUUCCAUAA